AUGUUCCUCAGUGGGCUAUUCAUUCUGGCAGCAUGCGCGCCCUGCGUCGCAGCUGAUGCCGGUGAUGAUUUCUCCAACAACCUCUUUUCAGACCUAGCGCCGCUGCUGGCGCUCUUCGGUGAACGAGUCACCAUGCAAUUCAUGAGCCAGUCCAUGGGCUGGGCUGAUAACAUCAUCCUCGCUAUGGCUCCGUUGGGCAUCAUCACCAUCAUUGUUAGCGCCAUCCGUGUGGGUGGUCCUUCGUGGUUGAAGGCGCUCGUCGGGCGGGCCAGGGAGAACGUUGCUGUUGCUGAAGCAGAACUAAUGUCUUCUACUUCGAACGAAGUGUGCGAGUUAUGGAAUGGCCAUGAUGUGGUGAGGUGCAUGGGAUCGGCUCCUAUCUCAGAGUUCAUCUGCCUAGCACCUCGAGGCGAAGGAGGCAGUAAUGCAAGCGAAGUCAAGGUGCUCAGCUUGGAUGACGCCCUUGACAAAGGAUAUCUCAAAAAGAGUGGGGACGGGGUCUUUGAAGCCUUGCGUCAGACGCAUCGUCCAGCAAUCAACCAUGAAGACUCAAAUCUCGAGGGAGGCGACUCAAAUCACUCAUCGUCCGAAAUCAUCAUCAUCCAUAAUCAACGCGACGCAGCACCUAAUAUCUCACUCAACUGCCACAAUGAAAUCUGGAGAGGAGAAUUGUACUUGGCAGCCGCCUUUGCAAUGUGUCUACAAUCUGCCGUUCUGCUGUACUCUGGUUUUGUCGCAUAUCGCCUCAACUUUCUCAAGGAAGGUUCUUCCAUUGCGAGAUAUGCCUUUCCCUGUACCGCUGUCGGGAUGCUGGUAUUGGUAUCAGGUUUACUGAUAUGCUCACAUGUUGUCGAGAGUAGCACCGAAGAGGACAGAUACCGCCCAAUGCAGGGAAGGGCAGCGCGACUGGUAUGGCUGCAGCAACCCAAGACGGUCAGUGACCAGAUUUUCGACUCGCAUGCCAUAUUUCCAAGGCAUGAGCGGUCUGAAAUCACGACGUCAAGUCGAAAGGUCAAGGUGAAACUGAAGUCGAGUCGAGCAACCCAUGGCUCCAUCAACCAAGAAAGAGAGAGUAAUGCACGCGAAAAAGACCAUGACCUAGGUACAGUUUUGGAGACAAAGGCACUUUUCGGCGCAAUUGCUAGUCUUUGUGGGUUCAUCGUACAAUUCGUCGGUCUGCGUGGGAUGCACUGGUCAGUGUCUGUUGCUCAACUCGGCGCAAUUCUCAUCAUGACGGCCGUGAGAGCUCUAAUCCGCCGUGGCCUUGCGCAGCCUCCAGAUGAUAGGCUUCUUGCAGCUGGAUUCGAGCUCGAGUGGCUUUCCUUGACAUUAUUGGACUCGGAAAUGGCCUGGUGGCCAUUCUCCGGAUUUGAUGUGUUGCAAGAGAAAAUCCUCAUGGGCUGGUGGCCAACGACAGGUGGAAGUCGAUACAUGUACUCACCUUUGCGAGAGAUGACGGUCCAGAAGAGUCCCGAGUCCAAGGCCCAUCGAGCGAUGAUAGUCCGGAAAGAUCUUGGCAAUUUGGCCUGCUGGCCCGCAGUUGCGGCAGUGGAAGCUGCGGCUCUUGCACGAGCAAUCAAGAUCACAAUGGACACCCUGCUUGGCUCUUCCAGAACCAAUGAAUGGAUAUGGCCCAUGCGAACACACUAUCCUGAAACGGAUAGUGAGUCAACGGUGCAUUUCAGGUUGCGGUGCGGAGACACAGGAAGCUUGGCAUCAAUGACCAGCGAGCUUGAAGCUGCACUUUCGUUGUGGCUCUUCUCUGUCAACUACUACGAGAUGAAGCAAGAAUCAAGCACGAGGCACAGCCAAACGCCGGUAAUGUCUCGUCGAGCCAAGAUGCCUCUGAAAAACUCUAGCCUCCGACUCUUGGGGGAACAUAGGAGGGGUCUGCAUCGAGAUCUCGGCUGGUGGAUGCCCGAUGAUGCAACGAGGAUCCUCAAGGUUCAAAAAUGUGAUCGAUCUAAAGAAACUGUAACCGAAGACACCCAGAGACUACUUGAUGUGCAAGAUCACCGAAUCGUUGGGUGCGGUUCCCUGCCACGUGUCGGACUGCUAUCUUUCAACACCCGCUUUCAGAGCUCACCACUACCGAAAUCUCAUGCAGAUGUCCUUCCGGAUGAGCCGAUUUUCACCCUUCCCGAUUCCUGCCUAGCUGUGGAGUCUUUUGUUCCUCUCCAGCUACUCUACGCCCAAGACAUGUUUGCAUCUUUCAUGCGGUCUUUGGCCAAAGCAAUGCAAAGUCCUAUUCCCGACGGGUCUGAUAUUUUUUACGACAGCCAGAGCAGCAGCAUGAAUUGGGACUCAUUUAAGCUACGUAACGACAGGCUGACAAGGCUUAUCCAGGAGAUUUCAAACACUGGGCUUGGCAGUGUAGAUGAGAUCUCCGUCAGCCUGAUACCGGCUCUGAGCGCCGAGCACAAGCUUCCAGACCCCAGCGCCAUCGUCGAACUGGCCCACAAGCAUGCUAAGCGUUACCACGUGCAGCAAGAGUGGGAAAAGGCAUGUAAACCAUACCUCUGGUUAUCUGAUAUCUCACGAAGCUUCCCCAAAGAUAGUGUAUUCAGUGUGAGAAGCAUCGCUGUCUUGCUAGAAUGCGUAAGGAUCAUGACGCAGGCACUUGAGAUGAGGUGCCACAUGGAUGACGAUGAAGUGUCCAACCCUUUGGACAAGGCGAAAAACAACAUUGAAUUCCAGAUCAAACUAUGGCUCGAAUCUAACGACAGUCUCACCGGCCGGACCAUUUUGUCACAUCUCAUGACACUAUACAACGAGCAAGGGCGGAAAUGGAUAUGGGACUCCUGGGAGACUAGUCAAGAUCCCACAACGAUACCAAACACAACCACAGAUUACCCUCAUACAUUCGGGUUUGGUCGGUUGCAUCGGUUAUGUCAGGAAGGCCGACGAUUGACCAACGAAAGAGUAAUGGCAGCGCUGAAUCCAGGGCAGAGCGUUAAACAGCCGGACGUAUUGAACUGGACGCCACUCCACUACAUCGCAGUCAAUGGAAGUGCUGGAUCUGUCGAGCUGCUGCUUGAGCUGGACGCUGAUGUCAAUUGCCGAGAUCUUGUGGACUGGACACCGUUACACUAUGCUUGUCAGCGUGGAAACAGGUCGACGAUGCGCAGUCUUCUUCGGGCUGGUGCAGAUGUGCACCUCCGUGGCAUAGACGGAGUGAGCUCUUUGCAGUGUGCGGCCAUGGGUGGUCACGCCGAUGUAGCCGAGUUUCUCAUCAAGGCUGGAGCAGCUCUUGAUGUUCUGGAUAACGCUGGGAACACAUGGCUGCAUUGGGCCGCAUACAAUGGGCACGACAAGUUUAUUGAAGACAUGAAACCCAGUUUGCAGGCCCUCGAAACGAACGGAACCAAGAUCAACGUGGAGAAUCACACAAAAAAGAAACCCCUAGAUCUUGCAUUCGAACGUGGACAUGAAGCUGUCAUACAGCUGCUCAAGGAUAUGGAUCGACAGGCGCGGGUGGGGGGAGAAGGAUGCUCUGCCGGAGGUAGUGAUUAG